AUGAUCAAGUGGAAGUUGAUAACAAUUCUAUUGAUUGUUAUCAUCAUUUUUACUUAUUUAACUGGUCAUUUAAAACAACAAAUACAAUAUUUAACGAAUAAUAAUCAAGAGAAUAAUGUUCCCACACUUGUUUUUAUUCAUAUACAAAAAACUGCUGGUUCAGCAUUUGAACGAUCAAUUGUUCGUCGACUUUAUUUUCAAUCACAACCAAGUUGUCGAUGUCCAGUUAUGUUAAGAAAUAAUCGUACUAAACGACCAAGUAUUAAAUUGCGAUGUAAUUGUUUAAGAAAUAAUGAACCAUGGCUUAUUAGUCGAUUUAGUGUUGGAUGGAUAUGUGGAGUACAUGCAGAUUGGACAACUUAUCAUCGAUGUUUACCUUUGAAAAUGAAUUCGGAAUAUGGUUUUAAUAAACGAAAAUUUCUCUAUGCAACAUUACUUCGCGAACCAAUCGCACGUUUUAUUAGUGAAUACCUUCAUACACUUCGUGGAGCAACAUGGCUUUCUGAACGCUUAUCUUGUCAGAAAGCUCAACAACUUCGUAAUCAAAGUGCUUGUUGGAGACAUACAAAUCUAACUGAUUUUAUGCUAUGUCCAUUUAAUUCAGCUAUAAAUCGUCAAACACGUAUGCUAUCAUCAUCAGUAAAUAAUUGUUUAUCAUCAUCAUUUACUUAUUCAAAUUUAAUUGAUAUUGAAACAGCUAAAAAAAAUCUUCAAUCAAUGGAAUUUUUUGGUUUAACUGAAUAUCUUCAUUUAAGUCAACGUUUAUUUGAACAGACAAGAUUUUGUAAAUUAUUUCAAAUCUGUUCAUUUCAAUCUUAUCUUGAACAAGAUUUAACAAACAAUCAAACAAAUGAUUAUUUAACAACAAAUGUAACAACAAUUGAUUUAAAUUAUCUACGACAAGUCAACAGUGAUGAUAUUGAAUUAUAUAAAUUUGCAAGAACAUUAUUUUUUCAACGUACUUGUCAAAUAUUGAAAAUUGCUUGUUAA